UAUAUAACAAAUAAUUUGAGCAGAAAGUAAUAAAGUUCAUGUCUAACUAUCCGGAGGAUGAAUUGUACAGUUCAAACGGUAGUAGAAGUAGUUACGAGAUAGUAGAUAUGGAGCUAGAAUCACAAGAACACCACACUGCUAAUGUACAGGCUACUUCUCCUACACAAAUGGAGUUUGUUGCUAGUGUCCCCACUAUUGAUGUGUCAGGUACGAUAUCGGGGGAAGGUAUAAAACAGAGAAAAGGAGCGUUCUCGUCAGCUCUAGAUAACAGAGGUUACGGAUGGUUGCUGGAAGUGGAGGAGGACGAUGAGGAGCAGAAACCUCUACUAGAGGAACUAGAUAUAGACCUGACAGAUAUCUACUACAAAGUGAGAUGUGUAAUGUUCCCACUUCCCUCGCUAGGCUUCAAAAGAGAGGUCCUCAAAGAUAGCCCUGACUUCUGGGGCCCUCUCUUCAUCAUUCUCCUCUUCUCACUCGUCUCUCUUUACGGACAGCUACAUGUAAUCUCGUGGAUAUUGACUAUCUGGCUUGGAGGAUCGUUCCUUAUCUUCGUACUAACUCGUGUACUCGGAGCAGAGGUAUCAUACGGACAGACACUCGGUGUUAUUGGAUACUCAGUUAUUCCCCUUAUAUUCGCUGUUACCUUGCUUCCUCUUAUUAGCUUUAUUCCACUUCUCAACUUAGCUGUCAAAAUAAUAGGAGUAGUGUGGGCAUCCUACAGUGCUGGAUCACUACUAGUUGAUCAGGAGCUGGGGCAGAAGAAGAUUUUACUAAUGUACCCUACAUUCCUGCUAUAUGUCUACUUCUUCUCACUAAGCACUGGGGUCUGAGGCGCUUUCUGGUUUAUCCUUCGUAAUUCAAUCUUAGCUUUAUUCUGAUACUUUUCGAAUGUCAAAGAUAUGAUUUCAAGA